GUUCGUGACGACUUGCUCCUCGCCGCCCCGACUUCAGGCCUCGGGAGAUUAUUUCCAUCACCCCAACGCAUUGCGCAACAGCAUGCGGGAUCUCCCUCUAGUGCACUAACCAGUGUCGACCGCUGCCAAAAGUACCUCUCACCAUCAGUGACUUCCUGCUGAGCCACCGUCACUGAAACCAGAAAUGGCUCGGCUCAGAGACUCGCGCUCACCAUCUCCUGCAGGAAGUUAUGCUGCGCGCAGACGGAAAGAUGAUGACCGUCGUGACCGCGACUACCGUCGGCGCUCCCGCAGUCCGGAUCGCCGCUACCGCGAUCAUGGACGACGUGACAGCCGGGAACGCGAUUCAUACCGCUGGAGAGAUCGCUCCAUAGACCGCCGAGAUGAUGACUACUACCGAGGCUCCCGCCGCGAUGGAGGAACCAACCGAGACCGCAGGAGGUCACGCGACCGAGGUCCGGACAGAGCACGGUCGCCGGAUCGCCGAGGGCCGCGGGGCGUAGACGGUAGCCGGGACUACCGUGGCAGGAGGGACGAUUCCCGCGACCGUAGGACCCGUCGUGACGGGUCACCGGAUUCCGUCACCCGGCGAGGUGACCGCCCACGCUCUCGUCCUCCCAGAGCGGAUGGCGCCACGGGCAGGGAUAGCGAGGUGCGCAUGGACCCCGGUGCUCUGGAAGCUCGUUAUGUCGCUAACACUGUCCAGGAGUCGCAUCCAGCUAAGUCUACACCGACCCAAGCGCAGACGGAGGCGGAUAAGAAGGCUGAGCGACUCCGCAAGCUCCAAGCCAUGAAGGAAAAGCAUGCCCAAAAGGAAGCCAAAGAAGCCGCAGUUACUGCUGGAAGUACGAGGAUGCUCCUGGAGGAGAUGGACCAGAAAGCCAGCGGUGCACCAGGUCCACACAGCCCGGCGGCCAACUCGGCGACUCCUGCCCCGGCGUCACCCGCGGCGCCCGUGCCAUAUGCGGGUAAAUUCGACCCUAAGGCGAUCGCAAAGAAUUCGAAAGCAGCGCGGCCCCAGUCCCCAACGCGGCUUGGCGAUGUGAAACUGGCCGCGCCUGCCGCGAAGCCGCUUGUUGUCAAGAAGGAGACAGACUCUAAGGGUGCCGGCUUGCUGCCGGCAAACAGGGCGGUCAGUGCGUUCGGAUUCGGCAAAUCCGCUGACAAUCAGAAAUCAUCCGCGAAGCGUAAGGUCGACAUGGGUGACGAGGAGAUCAUCAAACGCAAGCUGGUCAAGCUACCCGAUUACGUUCCUGACCAGGCCGACGCUACGGCAGAGGCGGACGGCGAGGGAGAGGAAGAUGCAGAAGAUCUGGAUCUCCGCAUGGCCAGGAACGAGGAGGACAUGGCGGAAGCUCAUCGACUGCUUCAGGAAAGGCGCGAUGAGCGCAUACAACAGGAGGGCAUGGUCAUGGAUGUCGAUUCCGGGGCACCGAACGGCGAGGCGAAGGACGAAAAGGCCGCGCCGGCCCCGAGCAUGGAUGUUGAUGAAGACGUUGACCCCUUGGACGCGUUCAUGGCUGACCUUGAGCAAACCGGUUCCGCAGGUGGUCUUGGCCCAAAGCCCGCUCGGCAGGAGCAGAAUGGAGGAAAGGGCUUUGAACCAGAGGCGUAUUUCAGCGACGACGACUUCGGCUACGAGGCGGACCAGGCCGAUCCGGCUGCGAUCCUUGCCAUGGCGGCCAAGAAGAAGAGGAAGGACAUCCCAACCAUCGACUACAGCAAGAUCGAGCUCAACCCGAUACGAAAGAAUUUCUGGGUUGAGCCCCAGGAGCUGAGUCAGAUGACGGAAGAGGAGGCGGCCGAGCUGCGAAUGGAGCUGGACGGCAUCAAGGUCUCCGGGAAGAACGUACCCAAACCGGUCCAGAAGUGGUCGCAGUGCGGGCUCACUCGGCCGAUCCUGGAUGUCAUCGAAGGGCUUGGGUACGAAAAGCCAACGCCGAUUCAGAUGCAGGCGUUGCCCGUCAUCAUGUCGGGCCGCGAUGUCAUCGGCGUCGCAAAGACGGGCUCCGGCAAGACGAUGGCCUUUGUGCUUCCCAUGCUUCGCCACAUCAAGGACCAAGACCCGGUAAGCGGCGAUGAUGGCCCCAUUGGCUUGAUCAUGACCCCCACGAGAGAGCUGUGCACACAAAUCUACACGGACUUGCAGCCCUUCGCCAAGGCGCUGAAACUUCGCGCCGUCGCUGCGUACGGGGGGAAUGCCAUCAAGGACCAGAUUGCCGAGCUCAAGCGUGGUGCCGAGAUUAUUGUUGCCACACCUGGUCGAAUGAUCGAUCUUCUUGCGGCGAACUCGGGUCGUGUCACCAACCUCAAGCGGGCGACGUAUAUCGUGCUUGACGAGGCCGACCGCAUGUUCGACAUGGGCUUUGAACCACAGGUGAUGAAGAUCUUCAACAACGUCCGUCCGGACCGGCAGACGAUCCUUUUUUCCGCGACAAUGCCGAGGAUCAUCGACGCGCUCACCAAAAAGGUGCUUCGCGACCCUGUCGAAAUCACGGUCGGCGGGCGGAGCGUCGUGGCGCCCGAGAUUACCCAAGUUGUGGAGAUCAUGGACGAAAACAAGAAGUUCGUCCGUCUGCUCGAGCUCCUGGGCGAGCUGUAUGCGGAUGAUGACGAUGUUCGGGCGCUGAUCUUCGUCGAGCGGCAAGAGAAGGCGGACGACCUCCUGCGCGAGCUCCUGCGGCGCGGUUACGGUUGCAUGUCUAUACACGGCGGCAAGGACCAGGAAGAUCGUAACUCGACCAUUUCGGACUUCAAGAAGGGUGUCUGUCCUAUCAUGAUCGCGACGUCGGUGGCGGCGCGCGGCCUCGACGUCAAGCAGCUGAAGUUGGUCAUCAACUACGACGCGCCGAACCAUCUCGAGGACUACGUCCAUCGGGCGGGCCGCACCGGGCGAGCCGGCAACACGGGAACGGCGGUCACGUUCGUCACGCCCGAGCAGGAGAACUGCGCGCCGGGCAUCGCAAAGGCGCUCGAGCAGAGCGGGCAGCCGGUGCCCGAGCAGCUCAACGAGAUGCGCAAGUCGUGGAGAGAGAAGGUCAAAGCUGGAAAGGCCAAGGACGCCAGCGGCUUCGGCGGCAAGGGUCUUGAGAGGCUGGACAAGGAACGCGAGGCGGCGCGCAUGCGUGAGCGCAAGUCGCACAAGGCCGAGGGCGAGGAAGACGACUUCAAGGACGAGGAGACGGCGGAGGACGCGGCCAAGAGGGACAAGGCCAAGUCGGCCAUCGAGGCGGCCGCGUCGGCCAUCGUGUCGCGCGACGCUGCCAAGGCGGAUGCUGGCGGAAUCAAAGGGGCGGCCGUCGAAGGUGCGGUCAAGGGCGGCGUCGCCGUCGGCACGGGUAAGGGCGGCGGCGCCCUGGACAAGGCGGCGUCGGCCAUCAGCGAGAUCAACGCGCGGUUGGCGAGGGCAGGCCAGCUACGGGCCGGGCAGCCGAUUGACAACAAGGGCCCCGACGCCGGAGCGUUCCACGCGACGCUGGAGAUCAACGACUUCCCGCAGAAGGCGCGCUGGGCCGUCACCAAUCGCACCAACGUGGCCAAGAUCCUCGAGGCCACCGGCACGUCGAUCACGACCAAGGGCAGCUACUAUCCGCCUGGCAAGGAGCCUCAGCCCGGAGGGGACCCGAAGCUGUACAUCCUCAUCGAAGGCGACACGGAGCUGGUGGUGGGUAAGGCGCUUUCGGAGCUCACCCGUCUGCUCAGGGAGGCGACGAUUGCUGCAGCAGACGCCGAGAGUCGGGCGCCGGCGAGCGGGCGGUACACCAUCACAUGAGCGAUGGCCCGAGACUGGUGUUUCUUUACGGGGAGGAAUUGUAAUAGCAUGUGCGCUCGUAACGGGCUUCCUGUCUGGGGUUGGAGUUUUAUCACUUUGCUCACGGUUAAAUGACGUUUGGAGAAUGAGCGUUUAAACUCGUCGAAGAUUGCUGUCCCUCUCACGUGCCCGAGUGUUUUUUCCCUUGGCUACUAGUCUGGCAAAUGGGGAUCCGAUGCCCUGAUACCCUGAUACAAAUAAAGAUG